GCGGCGCGGGGGGCGGGCGCGGGGAGCGCUCCAAGAUGGCGCCCACCGCAGUCCCGCCCGCCGCAACCUCGGCGCCUCUGCAGUCCGGCCGCGCCUCCCGGGCCCCGCGCUAGGGCCGCCGCUGCCUCCCUCGCCGCCGCUGCCAGCUGACCUGUCCCGGACGCAGCAUAACUAACGAAGCUGCUGCAGGAUGAGAAGAUGGCAGCGCGGCUGCUCGCACCACCAGGCCCUGAUAGUUUCAAGCCUUUCACCCCUGAGUCACUGGCAAACAUCGAGAGGCGCAUUGCCGAGAGCAAGCUCAAGAAACCGCCAAAGGCCGAAGGCAGUCAUCGGGAAGACGAUGAGGACAGCAAGCCCAAGCCGAACAGUGACCUGGAAGCGGGGAAGAGUUUGCCUUUCAUCUAUGGGGACAUCCCGCAAGGCCUGGUUGCAGUUCCCCUGGAGGACUUUGACCCAUACUAUUUGACGCAGAAAACCUUUGUAGUAUUAAACAGAGGGAAAACUCUCUUCAGAUUCAGUGCCACGCCUGCCUUGUACAUUUUAAGUCCUUUUAACCUGAUAAGAAGAAUAGCUAUUAAAAUUUUGAUACAUUCAGUAUUUAGCAUGAUCAUUAUGUGCACUAUUUUGACCAACUGUGUAUUCAUGACUUUUAGUAACCCUCCUGAAUGGUCGAAGAAUGUGGAGUACACAUUCACAGGGAUUUAUACAUUUGAAUCACUAGUGAAAAUCAUCGCAAGAGGUUUCUGCAUAGAUGGCUUUACCUUUUUACGGGAUCCGUGGAACUGGUUAGACUUCAGCGUCAUCAUGAUGGCGUAUAUAACAGAGUUUGUAAACCUAGGCAAUGUUUCAGCUCUACGCACUUUCAGGGUACUGAGGGCUUUGAAAACUAUUUCGGUAAUCCCAGGCCUGAAGACCAUUGUGGGUGCCCUAAUCCAGUCAGUGAAGAAGCUGUCAGACGUGAUGAUUCUGACAGUGUUCUGCCUGAGCGUUUUUGCCUUGAUUGGACUGCAGCUUUUCAUGGGAAACCUGCGAAACAAGUGUGUUGUGUGGCCCAUAAACUUCAAUGAGAGCUAUCUGGAAAAUGGCACCAGAGGCUUUGAUUGGGAAGAGUAUAUCAAUAAUAAAACAAAUUUUUACACGGUUCCUGGCAUGCUGGAACCUUUACUCUGUGGGAACAGUUCUGAUGCUGGACAAUGCCCAGAGGGGUACCAGUGUAUGAAAGCAGGAAGGAACCCCAACUACGGUUACACAAGCUUUGACACGUUCAGCUGGGCCUUCUUGGCAUUAUUUCGCCUUAUGACCCAGGACUACUGGGAAAAUUUGUAUCAGCUGACCCUGCGAGCUGCUGGGAAAACGUACAUGAUCUUCUUCGUCUUGGUCAUCUUUGUGGGUUCUUUCUAUCUGGUGAACUUGAUCUUGGCUGUGGUGGCCAUGGCUUAUGAAGAACAGAAUCAGGCAACCCUGGAGGAAGCAGAGCAAAAAGAGGCUGAAUUCAAAGCAAUGUUGGAGCAACUGAAAAAGCAACAGGAAGAGGCACAGGCGGCAGCGAUGGCCACCUCCGCCGGCACGGUCUCAGAAGAUGCCAUAGAGGAGGAAGGUGAAGAAGGGGUAGGCUCUCCUCGGAGCUCCUCUGAAGUAUCCAAACUCAGCUCCAAGAGUGCCAAAGAAAGACGUAAUAGGAGAAAGAAGAGGAAGCAGAAGGAGCUCUCCGAAGGAGAGGAAAAAGGGGAUCCUGAAAAGGUCUUUAAGUCAGAGUCGGAAGACGGGAUGAGGAGGAAGGGCUUUCGGCUGCCAGACAACAGAAUAGGAAGGAAGUUUUCCAUCAUGAAUCAGUCACUGCUCAGCAUCCCGGGCUCGCCGUUCCUCUCCCGCCACAACAGCAAAAGCAGCAUCUUCAGCUUCCGAGGGCCCGGGCGGUUCCGCGACCCGGGCUCGGAGAACGAGUUCGCGGACGACGAGCACAGCACGGUGGAGGAGAGCGAGGGCCGCCGGGACUCGCUCUUCAUCCCGAUCCGGGCCCGCGAGCGCCGCAGCAGCUACAGCGGCUACAGCGGCUACAGCCAGGGCAGCCGCUCGUCGCGCAUCUUCCCCAGCCUGCGGCGCAGCGUCAAGCGCAACAGCACGGUCGACUGCAACGGCGUGGUGUCCCUCAUCGGCGGCCCCGGCUCCCACAUCGGCGGGCGGCUCCUGCCAGAGGUGAAAAUAGAUAAGGCAGCUACCGAUGACAGUGCUACAACUGAGGUGGAAAUUAAGAAGAAAGGCCCUGGAUCUCUCUUAGUUUCCAUGGACCAACUGGCCUCCUAUGGACGGAAGGACAGAAUCAACAGUAUAUUGAGUGUUGUUACAAAUACACUAGUAGAAGAACUGGAAGAGUCUCAGAGAAAGUGCCCCCCGUGCUGGUAUAAAUUCGCCAAUACUUUCCUCAUCUGGGAGUGCCACCCCUACUGGAUAAAACUGAAAGAGAUUGUGAACUUGAUCGUUAUGGACCCUUUUGUGGACUUGGCCAUCACCAUCUGCAUCGUCCUGAAUACCCUGUUUAUGGCAAUGGAGCAUCAUCCUAUGACACCGCAAUUUGAACACGUCUUGGCUGUAGGAAACCUGGUUUUCACUGGAAUUUUCACAGCGGAAAUGUUCCUGAAGCUCAUAGCCAUGGAUCCCUACUAUUAUUUCCAAGAAGGUUGGAACAUUUUUGACGGAUUUAUUGUGUCCCUCAGUUUAAUGGAACUGAGUCUAGCAGACGUGGAGGGGCUCUCGGUGCUGCGAUCUUUCCGAUUGCUCCGAGUGUUCAAACUGGCCAAAUCCUGGCCCACCCUGAACAUGCUGAUCAAGAUCAUUGGAAAUUCAGUGGGUGCCCUGGGCAACCUGACCCUGGUGCUGGCCAUCAUUGUCUUCAUCUUCGCCGUGGUGGGGAUGCAACUGUUUGGAAAGAGCUACAAAGAGUGUGUCUGCAAGAUCAACCAGGACUGUCAGCUCCCUCGCUGGCACAUGAAUGACUUUUUCCAUUCCUUCCUCAUUGUCUUUCGAGUGUUGUGCGGGGAGUGGAUCGAGACCAUGUGGGACUGCAUGGAAGUGGCAGGCCAGGCCAUGUGCCUGAUUGUCUUCAUGAUGGUCAUGGUUAUUGGCAACUUGGUGGUGCUGAACCUGUUUCUGGCCUUGCUCCUGAGCUCCUUCAGCGCAGACAAUCUGGCAGCCACAGACGACGACGGGGAAAUGAACAACCUACAGAUCUCAGUCAUCCGGAUCAAGAAGGGGGUGGCUUGGGCCAAACUCAAAGUGCACGCCUUCAUGCAGGCCCACUUUAAGCAGCGUGAGGCCGAUGAAGUGAAGCCCCUGGACGAGCUGUACGAAAAGAAGGCCAACUGCAUCGCCAACCACACCGGUGCGGACAUCCACCGGAAUGGUGACUUCCAGAAGAAUGGCAAUGGCACAACCAGUGGCAUUGGCAGCAGCGUGGAGAAGUAUAUCAUUGACGAGGACCACAUGUCCUUCAUCAACAAUCCCAACUUGACCGUGCGGGUGCCCAUUGCUGUGGGCGAGUCUGAUUUUGAGAACCUCAACACAGAGGAUGUGAGCAGCGAGUCGGAUCCUGAAGGCAGCAAAGAUAAACUGGAUGAUACUAGCUCCUCUGAAGGAAGCACCAUCGAUAUCAAACCUGAAGUAGAAGAAGUCCCAGUGGAACAGCCCGAGGAAUACUUGGAUCCAGACGCCUGCUUCACAGAAGGUUGCGUCCAACGAUUCAAAUGCUGCCAGGUCAACAUCGAAGAGGGGCUGGGCAAGUCUUGGUGGAUCCUGCGGAAAACCUGCUUUCUCAUUGUGGAGCACAACUGGUUUGAGACCUUCAUCAUCUUCAUGAUUCUGCUCAGCAGUGGCGCCCUGGCCUUCGAGGACAUCUACAUUGAGCAGAGAAAGACCAUCCGUACCAUCCUGGAGUAUGCCGACAAAGUCUUCACCUACAUCUUCAUCCUGGAGAUGUUGCUCAAGUGGACGGCCUACGGCUUCGUCAAGUUCUUCACCAACGCCUGGUGCUGGCUGGACUUCCUCAUCGUGGCUGUCUCUUUAGUCAGCCUUAUAGCUAAUGCCCUGGGCUACUCGGAACUAGGUGCCAUAAAGUCCCUUAGGACCCUAAGAGCUUUGAGACCCUUAAGAGCCUUAUCACGAUUUGAAGGGAUGAGGGUGGUGGUGAAUGCCUUGGUGGGCGCCAUCCCCUCCAUCAUGAAUGUGCUACUGGUGUGUCUCAUCUUCUGGCUGAUUUUCAGCAUCAUGGGAGUUAACCUGUUUGCGGGAAAGUAUCACUACUGCUUUAAUGAGACUUCUGAAAUCCGAUUUGAAAUUGAAGAGGUCAACAAUAAAACCGAUUGUGAAAAGCUCAUGGAGGGGAACAACACCGAAAUCAGGUGGAAGAACGUGAAGAUCAACUUCGACAACGUUGGGGCGGGAUAUCUGGCACUUCUUCAAGUGGCAACCUUCAAAGGCUGGAUGGACAUCAUGUAUGCAGCUGUAGACUCCCGAAAGCCUGACCAGCAGCCUAAGUAUGAGGACAACAUCUACAUGUACAUCUACUUUGUCAUCUUCAUCAUCUUCGGCUCCUUCUUCACCCUGAACCUGUUCAUUGGUGUCAUCAUUGAUAACUUCAAUCAACAAAAGAAAAAGUUUGGAGGUCAGGACAUCUUCAUGACUGAAGAACAGAAGAAGUACUACAAUGCCAUGAAAAAGCUGGGCUCAAAGAAACCACAGAAACCCAUUCCCCGCCCCCUGAACAAAAUCCAAGGUAUCAUCUUCGAUUUUGUCACCCAGCAAGCCUUCGAUAUUGUUAUCAUGAUGCUCAUCUGCCUUAACAUGGUGACAAUGAUGGUGGAGACAGAUACACAGAGCAAACAGAUGGAAAACAUUCUCUACUGGAUUAACCUGGUCUUCGUCAUCUUUUUCACCUGUGAGUGUGUGCUCAAAAUGUUUGCCUUGAGGCACUACUACUUCACCAUUGGCUGGAACAUCUUUGACUUUGUGGUAGUCAUUCUCUCCAUUGUGGGAAUGUUCCUGGCUGAUAUCAUUGAGAAAUACUUUGUGUCCCCAACCCUAUUCCGAGUCAUCCGGUUGGCCCGUAUUGGGCGCAUCUUGCGUCUGAUCAAAGGCGCCAAAGGGAUCCGUACCCUGCUCUUUGCCUUAAUGAUGUCCUUGCCUGCUCUGUUCAACAUUGGCCUUCUGCUCUUCCUGGUCAUGUUCAUCUUCUCCAUCUUUGGGAUGUCCAAUUUCGCAUACGUGAAGCACGAGGCCGGCAUCGACGACAUGUUCAACUUUGAGACAUUUGGCAACAGCAUGAUCUGCCUGUUUCAGAUCACGACGUCGGCCGGUUGGGAUGGCCUCCUGCUGCCCAUCCUGAACCGCCCCCCUGACUGCAGCCUGGAUAAGGAGCACCCGGGGAGCGGCUUCAAGGGAGACUGCGGGAACCCCUCGGUGGGCAUCUUCUUCUUCGUAAGCUACAUCAUCAUCUCCUUCCUGAUUGUCGUGAACAUGUACAUCGCCAUCAUCUUGGAGAACUUCAGUGUGGCCACAGAGGAGAGCGCGGACCCUCUGAGCGAGGACGACUUUGAGACCUUCUACGAGAUCUGGGAGAAGUUUGACCCCGACGCCACCCAGUUCAUCGAGUACUGUAAGCUGGCAGACUUUGCAGACGCCUUGGAGCACCCUCUCCGAGUGCCCAAGCCGAACACCAUCGAGCUCAUUGCCAUGGAUCUGCCGAUGGUCAGCGGGGAUCGCAUCCACUGCUUGGACAUCCUUUUUGCCUUCACCAAGCGGGUCCUGGGGGACAGCGGGGAGUUGGACAUCCUCCGGCAGCAGAUGGAGGAGCGGUUCGUGGCAUCCAAUCCUUCCAAAGUGUCUUACGAGCCCAUCACGACCACACUGCGGCGCAAGCAGGAGGAGGUGUCGGCGGUGGUCCUGCAGCGCGCCUACCGGGGACAUUUAGCAAGACGGGGUUUCGUUUGCAAAAAGACCACUUCCAAUAAGCUGGAGAACGGAGGCACCCACCGGGAGAAAAAAGAGAGCACCCCGUCCACAGCCUCCCUCCCGUCCUAUGACAGUGUAACGAAACCCGAGAAGGAGAAGCAACAACGGGCAGAGGAAGGAAGAAGGGAAAGAGCCAAAAGACAAAAAGAGGUCAGAGAAUCCAAGUGUUAGAGGAAAGCAAAAAUUAAACAUUGUACAGAUGUAAAACUUGCAAGCGAAAGAUUGUUUACAAACUUCCUGAGUAUUAUCAAUGCAGGACCGCUGUGGAGACACUUUAACCCGAAGAUCUAUACCAAACGUAGUCGGCUUACCAUGUAACACGGUUGCAUCUUGAGCAGUGACCUGCCGAGGGCAAAGGACCCUGCUCCCUGGACUCACAGAUUUUCUAAUGCUUGGGCAGGUGGUUACUGCAUGUUCCACAUCAGUCAAUGCAACUUAGGACAAAACCAACAGGAUACGAAAACCAGAGGAGAGGCUGCCGGGACCAGCAUAUUUCCGUUGCAGCCAAAUGGAUUUUAUUUUUUCAUUUUGGUGAUUCUCAGAAGCAGAAAGCAUCACUUUAAAAGUUUGUUUGUUCGUGCAAACUGUAUUUGCAUUCUUACAUUAGUUAAGCUAAGCAGCACACAGGAAACACACACACACACACACACACACACACACACACACACACACACUCCCAUCUAGCCCGUGUCAUUUAAUUGUCCGUUUCUUUGACAUAAACCGCAUCUUCUCCACAUGGCGUCACGUGGUUUGGAGAUGGGUGGGGGAAAACAAUCAGGUUUCUUCAGGCUGAGGAGGACUUGCUCAGGCCGAUUCCAAACAUUGUGCUCGUUCACUGCGUAGAAAUGAUUUGCAUGAUGGCAUGCCGUGAUCAGAAGUCAUGCAUGAGAACCAUACACCACAGGACACUACUAACCCUGUCCCCUGCCCUGGGUCAGCCUUUGGACAGGACCCAGCCCUGCACCGUUCACUGUAUUCGGAGAACAAAAUGGUAAGCGUUCCAUUCCACUGCAAUUCCUUACGAAUUCGUAGAAGUCUUUCAUACAUCUUCUGGGUAGGGAAACACAACCAACCGAUUGACCCCACCACCACUACCAACAGAAAACAGACCCAGUCCAACAAGCAGAUGGAUCCGUUGUGUGUAUAUGUUUAACAGACAUCUCUAACAUACAGCCAUUGUUGCCCAUUUUGAAAGACGAACUAUUUAAUGCUGCUCGGUGUCCCGUCCACGGGGAGACUUCGAUCUCGAAUGGCUUUGUAUUAAUAAUGUCACUGUAAAACCAAAUCCUAGGGCUAAAAACAAAAAUCAAAACAACAACAACAACAACAACAAAACCCAGUUCAUUUGUAUUGCAAUAUUUAUGAUGAUUGUUUAGCCUUCAUGCUGGAGAACUGACACUUGUUUGGGGCCGAGGUACAAGCGCUGUUCAAAGUGGCAUGGCAUCUCUAGGGGGUAAUUUGGGGAACUUAAGCUUUCACGGGGGGGUCUGGGGUGCUCGCUUCAGGUAGUAUCACGUCCUGCUGCACUGUGGCUCUCUCCGGGCUUGGGUCCAGCCGGAGAGGGGUUCGGAUAUCCUGAACGGGCCUCUCCCUCGGCAGAGGGGUUGUCACAAGCUCACACACUGCAUGAUGCCUCUUGUCUCCAUCUCGUCUUUCCACCAAGCAGGGCUUCCCUUACUUGCAGAGGCGGGUGAGGGCGGCCGCGCUGGGGCUAACGGCUGUGGUUCCUUUCACGUUCUAGCGAACACAUAGUCACUGGUGGGACCCGAGGUAGAGAUGAACCAAGCCCACGUGGUUUCUUUAUCGCACCGAUUCUCAUGAGAAAGCGAUUCAGUACUAAUUCCUAAGCUGUCGCAGCUUCCCCCGCCCGGCACGUCCCCUUUCUAGCCCGUCGUGCCGCCUGCUUAGCGACCUGCCCGCUGUCAUCGGAGGGUGGCUCUGGGGGGAGCGUCCUGUCUUCUGUCCCCUCUCCCGCUUUAGGGAAGACGGUUUUUAGUCCAGGGGCUUCUCAUCCGAGGACUAGAUCUCAAAGCCAGGAUGCUGCAGUUGAGUGUCUCAGGAAGUCGAUACAAAGAAUGAGGAGAGACUUUAGCAUGCGAACUAAACCAAACUAAAAUUCCUCCUGCACCAUAAAGUAGAGGGGGGGGCUAAAGACCCCCCGCGAUCAGACACAACAGUCUGCCUUGUAGCAGAAGCACUCGGUGGGACCGCACCACCCACCCGACUAGUUUUGCGUACGACCAACACAGCGAGGCAGUAAGCCGAGCUUUCUGUCUUCUUGGACCAUUAGAAACUCUGCCCGGCUCUCCUAAGCCUGCUUCUGCGGCCUCCUCCGUAGAACUUUCGUACUACACGCGACCCAGGUUGGAAAAGCAUUUCUCUCAGUGACCCUGCUAACCGCUAGGACGAAUGUAUAGUAACAUGUACAGGCGACGUCGUCAACAGCACAAAACAGAAGCUGACGUGUGUGGCUAUUCUUUUUAAGAGAAUUAUAAAUACUGUAAUAUAUCAUUUUAUUUUAUCGGCAUGCCUUUUUGUAAAUACAAAUUAACAACUUAUUAAAUAGGAAAUGGCUUCUGGCUUAUGCCAUUGUCAUGUUUAUUUUUAUUUUUUAUACUUUUCUUUCUUCUUAGAACUUAGAUGCUGUCAGCCAAUGUACAUCCCCAAACCAGACAGACAGACAAAAAAUUUUUUAUUGCUAAUGGUCUUUUCCAAAACAACAAAAAAUAUAUAUAUUUUUGUUCCAAUGUGCAAUAAAUUCUAACCACUUCUAUGCAAGAUUUGGCUACACUUCAUCAUUGUUCUUAGGUCUUGAGAUGGGCAACAGAGCUAGAAGACCCCGCUCGGUACCCCAAGUGCUCGUGCUAGUGAUGUCAUUAAGCUACUAGAGCAUAUUAAUGAGAUUUUUUUCUAAGAUCUGCCCUUUUCCCUCCCCCAGGUCCCCAGCAGCUAUCUCCUCAGUAACACACACAUGGGCCUUGGUAUCUGACACCCAUCAGCCAGCUUCACAGGGAAGAAGCCACCUCCACUCUUAACUUGAUGUUUCAACUUUUGUUUUUUUUUUUUUUUAACUUUUCCUACCUUCUUGUCCCUCACCCGCCGCCCCUCCGCCCACUCGCUCACUCACUCUCUCACUCACCCGCCCUGCUCCACACUUCUUCGGUAGUAAGUGACACCAUCACCAGCAGUCUACACCCGCAGUUAACAGGCAUUGAACUGAAAGAACCAGUGAGGACGUUUUUGUACGCCCUCGCCGGGUGGGUAAGUGGCAACGCUUUGCCAAAUAUUAACGAAGCCAAUCAAAAAGCAGCAGCAGCCACAGUAUCACUGCACAUAUAUAUAUAUAGAUAUAUAAAUAUAAUAUAAAUAUUUAUUUUUUGUAGCCAGGUCCUUGGUGCAGUAUUUAUACUCCACAAUUCACCUUUAAAAAAGGACAAAAAGCAAAAAGACGUGUGAUGCUGUUAACUUAAAACGCAGAGCCAAAGCCACUGAGCAGCAGCUGACACGGUUGCUGGUUUGUGUGUGCAAAACGCCUUCCCCUCUUCUUCCCUUAACCUCCUUGCUGCUCAGGCUGAGGAGACUCCGUAAUUCAGAGGGCGAGAGCAGCGAAACCUUCCCGAGUCAACGUGACCUACUCCCACUUCUCUAAAUGAGCCACUUUCGGUGUCGGAAGUUGACUGGGGAGAAGUAAGCAGCAGCUCCCGGUCAGAGCCCCUGGAACGACAGUGCCCAGAGUUCUUUUCUUUUCCGCCGCAACCCGUGUAAAUUUGUAAAAGACCACUAGUGAAGAUGAGUGUAUUAGUGAAUGCAUGGAGGCCAACACUGCUCUAAAUGAGACGUGAUACAAAGUACAUCACUACUAUAAGCCAAGAGGAAACAAAAUAAAAAUGACCCUUUUUACUGUACAAGGGAAGCCUGUCUUGGUGUCCGUCUGUUGCUUGACUCUCCCGAUUCUUGAGUCCUGGGAGGGGUCUGGGAAUUGGGACCUUAGCACGUGUGGGGAAAGGAGGGGAACGGAAGGGAGAGAGAUCAGGGUCUCUCGCUAAGCUCUGGCUGAGAAGUAGAGAUUGGAGAGAAAAGCAAGGUCCUGCCCACCGGCCCCCCAGACCCCCACUCACCCAUUGCAUGUGAUGUUCUCCCCACUCCCGGGCCAGUGCUUAACCGUCCACAAAACCCCUUCUUCACCAGUCCACCUGGCAGAGCCCCCCAAGAUGAUGUCAGCCAACCCAGCCGGGCUGGCCUCACUUCUGCCUUUCUCACCAGUACGUUAAGGAAAGAGCUAUGCCGAUGCCCCAAAGCUCGGGCGAGCACGAUGCCCAACAGCCUCCACUCUGCUAGCUAACGCUGGGCCCUGCCCUCCAUCACCCCAACACACACACCAGCAGACUACGGCUGGUCUCGUUCACAUCCGUGCAGGGGAGAGGGGCACCGCUCCCCUCCCUCACCCUGCCCUGCUUUGGGGACAUCCCUCUCUAGGCCAUGUCUCCUGGUCCAGGAACACUCUCAGGAGGAUUCUGAAGUGCCCACUCUAGUCUGGCUGGUAGGUCAGUCCCCAUCCUCCUCCCCUCGGCCCCAGCCUCCAGGCCUGCUGUGGAGGUGAGAUCGCCAUGGGUUACGACUUUGUGACUUGAGUCCUGGGCGUCUUCUGCAAUGAUGCCUAUUUCUUUUCUCAGAUGUUGCCCAAAGUCUUGCAAAAAGCUUCGUUCAUUUUCAGGUACCCCCACCCCCUAAAGAAUCGGCUGCAACUAGCCAGCCAGGGGGACAUCAGGAGAGAGGAGGAAGUCUGGGUCGGGAGGGGCCCAAGGUUUGCACAGAGUCUGCUUUGUGGCUCAGCUCUGUGCCUUCCUGGAUUCCUUUUCCAAGAUUUCCUCCAUUAAAAUGCUCCUGAGGCACCCCCUGCCCCUGCCCCCCACUGCUGUUUGCUGUACAUAGAGGCUAAGUGGGGUGGGGUGGGCGGGUGUGCACGUGUGAUGUGUGUGUGUGAAGAAUGUAUAUAGGUAAAGGGGAGCGUGGUCCAGUGGUUCCAGAAAAGGGGCAGAACUCCUGUGUUCCAUCCCCAGCUCAACCACUGGCUCGCUGUGUGGCCUUGGGCAAGUCACUUAACCUCUCUGUGCCUCAGUUUCCUCAUCUGUAAAAUGGGGAUAAUAAUACUGACCUACCUCACAGGGGUGUUGUGAGGCUUUAACUAAAUGUUUUGUAAAGUGUUUUGAGAUACAGAGGCAAAGGCACUAGGGAAGGGCAAAGAAUUAUUUGGACUUAAGGAAGAUGAAAUGGUACCAUAAAUGCUGCUAUUCUGAGAGCCAUUUUAAACUGCACUGCUCCAAUCACCCCCGCUUCUCACCACCAGGACAGCAGGUCGAGAAAAUGUCUUUCCUUUCACUUGCUUCUGGGGUUUGUGAUUAUUCUAGACACUUAAUUUUUUUCCCUCGCUGUAUCUCCUUCCCUCACCACCUCGACUUGUUCCCUGUUCCGUUUACGCGGAAAUGGCAGAAAUGCUUGAGAAAUGAGAAUGCAUAAGUGGAUUGGAAGUUUAUAGUCUGAAAUUUCAAUUUUACUUUGUACUGUACAUCUUUUUACUUUAGAAUUUGCAAUAAAGGGUUACGUCAAUCUUGUUUUCAACUCUC